UUUGGCCAGAGGGCGGCUGCUCUAUUCUUUCUUAUGUUAAUGCUGUGUAAUGCUCUCAUAUUAAUCAUAUUUUAUUUAAAGUCGGUGUCCAAUGUAUUUCUUGUUAAUAUCUGCCGCCCUUCAUCGUCACUGUGAUUAUAUACCAAUUAUAGACCCCCUUCAGCGUCCGUGCGAUUUGGGGCCACCCUGAAAUAUUUAAACCAACUGUGUUUUUAACGAUGAUUAGCCCUUCUGUUUCAGUGAUCCAUUUUCUUGUUUACGCUAAAGCCGAAAAGUUAUAUAUAGAACACUCACCCACUUCUGUGGGAACGUAAACGGGAUUUUUUGUUUGUAAUUUUGAGCAGAGCUUGCCUAUAAAUACCGUCCGGCUUAUUGGGCUCCAUUCAUUUAUGAAUGCCCAGGCCCGCGAUGAGACGGCGUCAAUCGUGUGCCCGAGAGAUUUCAAGGCUGUUGCCGGCCUUCCUGCUGGCCGUCCUGGGGUCCCUGUACCCUUUGUCGGCUGGCCAGAACUAUUGUGACCCGGAUCUAUGCCCCAGCGGCAGACACGUGGCGUGCCAGAACAGCGGUCGCUUUGCCAGCGGCUGCCGCGGCGAGUUCGUGCAGAUAGAUCCCCACAUUCAGCUGAUCCUGCAGCUGCACAACGAGCGCCGCAACCAGAUCGCCGGCGGAGGAGUCAGCGGCUUCCCCAGCGCCGUUCAAAUGGCCACCAUGAGCUGGGACCCGGCCUUGGCCCAGCUGGCCGCCUACAAUGCCCUGCAGUGCCGCAUGGCACACGACGAGUGCCGCAACACCAACACGUACCGCUACGCGGGACAGAACCUCAGCAUUCUCUUCACCCGCAGCGUGGAUGUGGACGAUUUCCUGCGCCAGCGCAUUGCCUCCUGGUUCGAUGAAAACCGAUAUGCAACCAGCGGCGACAUGGAGAACUAUCAAAUGCGUGGCGGCCCCGCCAUCGGGCACUUCACGACGAUGGUGAACGAGCGGAACAGCCGCGUGGGAUGUGCCGUUGCCCGAUUCACGGACGCCAACAAUGUGCAGGCCACGCUGCUGGCUUGCGAUUAUGCCGUUACAAAUGUGCUCAACAACCCCGUCUACCGCGCUGGUGCCCCAGCCUCCGAGUGCACCUCGGGGCGGAAUCCCACAUAUCCCAAUCUCUGUGCCGUCAACGAGAACUACAACUACAACCAGUGGUCGGGCUGAUGCCACCACCAGAUGGAGGC